UAUGUUUCUUUAACGACCCUGUCCCUACGUGUUUCGCAGAAUUUUUCACCAAAGACCAAAAACCUUGUGUAUUGUUUUUUGAAUUGCAAAUCGCUGAUUUAAGCUCAAGGAAUGUGCCAAGCAGUUGGUAAAUAAGAUUUACUUUUUAGUCCAACCCAUUUAAUUGCGAAUUAUGUCGUCCAUUAUCACGCGCAAGGAUGGCGACGAACAGAAAUUGUCCAAAAAGCGCGCUGCAGCCUCAGAUUCCAGAAGUGGUGGUGGAAGCGCCCUUGAAGCGCCCAAGAAAUCCCGCUUCGAUGUCCCGGAAAAGAAUGGCGGCGGUGGUGAGAAGAAAGAGGAGGUCGCCGUACCCGCCUCGCUGAGUUCCACGCAGAUCAAGCUGAUGAUGGCCCAUGCCCAGCGGGAGAUCGAGGAACGCAAGCGUGCCCUGAGUAAUCUAAGGGACAAGGAUCCGCUGCUGGCGUCAGUUCCAUCGAUCGGAAUGCCCGUCGCCCUAGCCACUCAAGCGCUGGCGAAGAAGCCCACGCCCGAGGACUCGGAGAAGGCCAGGAAGAUUGCCGAGUUGCAGGCGCAGAUCAGGGCCAAGCUUACUGGCAAUUUGGCCAGUUUGAUUCAGCCGACUGCGGUAGCGGCCGCCGCUGCAGCUGCUGCUCAGGCGCAGGAACGACCCAAACCCCUGAUCCUGGACGAUGAAGGGCGCACUGUGGACAAAAGCGGACGUACCAUUAAUAUACCCACGGUGACACCCACAUUGAAAGCCAACAUACGCGCCAAGAAACGGGAGGUGUUCCAGCGCCAAACGGGGUUGGGUGAACGGAGUGAGUCGGGCGCUUCGGCCCAGGAAGAAGCUAUCAAGUACAUUGACGACCGCAUAGCCCUGAAGCCCACUGUUAGAACCAAGAGGACGUUGAGAUUCCACGAGCCCGGCAAGUUCCAGCAGCUGGCCGAACGAAUGCGCAUGAAGAGCCAGCUGGAGCGGCUGCAGAAUGAGAUUUCGCAAAUAGCCCGAAAAACUGGCAUCUCGUCGGCCACCAAACUGGCAUUGAUUGCCCCCAAACAGGACAUGCCGGACGAUGUGCCUGCCAUGGAGUGGUGGGACUCAGUUAUACUCACCCAGGAUCUGGAGACAGUGGACGAGGCAAGCGGUAAGAUAAGCAUACGCCAAACAGCCAUAACCAACCUUAUAGAGCAUCCCACACAAAUGAAGCCGCCAAAUGAGCCCUUGAAACCAGUGUAUUUGCCGGUAUUCCUCACCAAGAAAGAGCGCAAAAAGCUUCGUCGCCAGAACCGUCGCGAGGCCUGGAAGGAGGAGCAGGAGAAGAUCCGACUGGGUUUGGUGGCUCCACCGGAGCCGAAACUGCGCAUAUCCAACCUGAUGCGAGUCCUUGGCUCGGAGGCCGUGCAAGAUCCCACCAAAAUGGAGCAGCAUGUGCGCGAGCAGAUGGCCAAGCGGCAGAAGGCACACGAAGAUGCCAACAAUGCGCGCAAGCUGACCAGCGAGCAGAAGAGCGAAAAGAAGCAGCGCAAGCUGAGGGAGGACACCAGCUGCGGAGUACAUGUGAGCGUCUAUCGCAUACGAGAUCUGCAAGACAACCAGAGCAAGAAGUUCAAGGUGGAGACCAAUGCCAAGCAGCUGCAGAUGACCGGCAGCGUGGUGUUGUUCCGCGACUGCUGUGUGGUUGUCGUGGAGGGUGGGCCCAAGCAGCAGAAGAAGUAUCGCAGACUCAUGCUAACGCGCAUCAAGUGGGAGGAGGACAUCGCCAAGGGCAACGACGGCCAGGACGUGCCCAACUCAUGCGUGCUCGUCUGGGAGGGUACUAGUCAGCGACGGCACUUUGGCGAGAUCAAGUUUAAGAUCUUUCCCAUGGAAAAAAUGGCCCGUGAGUUCUUUCAGAAGCACCAGGUCGAACACUACUGGGAUCUGGCCUACUCAGGAGCCGUGCUUGAGGCCUCCACGGAUCAGCAGUAGGCAAAAGGCAUUUUAAGAAUUACUAGAUACAUUACAGUAAUACAAAUUCACUUUCGGAAAGAUACAAGUCUGAAUUAAAGUUUUGAAGCGCUACGCAUUUGAUGUUAUUAUUUUCGAAGCUAUUCGGAACUUUGGAAGUGCAAAAAUAACGAAUAAAAGUUUUGUCUGGACUCUAAA